AUGAGCUACACAAAACUAUUCAUCAUUAAGUUGGUCGAUCAAAUGGAAAAUCAAGUGUAUGUGCAAAUCGAAAAAGACGCACAAACAACUGCCGAUCGUCAAUUCUUGUUCGUCUGCCAGCUGGCCGACGCAAAAUUCGAGAAAAAACAGCCGAGCGACUAUGAUAUUAGACGACAUCCUGUCAUUGGUACAUCGGGCGCUAGUAGUCAGAGAUAUCCGGUGCCACCAGAAAUGAAGAAAACACCGUCACCGUAUCGAAUGUGGACUUAUCCGGAACCAGUGAAAAGUAAUACGGUGCCUCGUGUGGCUGCUUUUUCGUCAGAUGGGCAUCUUGGAAAUUGGCCAAUUCCUGGUGCUCGUCCUUACGCGCCUAACGUGACGCCGGUGUCGAGCUGGCCUCGUCAACCACUUCCAGAGCCGAUAAUUCCUCAAACCACACCAGAGAAUCGCGUACCAGCGAUCGCCCUCUCAGAAGUCGGUGGUGGAACAAGUCAGAAUGCUUACCGAAGAGUUGGUGCUCUACACUUAUCGAUGACAACUCCAAAGAAUCCAUUCCUAUCUCCAGUGGUUCAACCUAUUGCAUCGCAACGAACUAAAACCGACGACACGCAUCAUGGUAUUUCAUACGCUUCCGCUCAAAUCUUCGGAAAUCCUGUCUCAUCUCGCACACCAUCGAUAGCCGACGAAGCGAUGACAUCGUCUUAUGUGCUACCACAGCCAGCUGUUCUUAAUGGAAGAAAACCAGCUGAUCAAGAAACCAUGACGAAGGAAUACCUCGCCCCACCGGAAGAGCUCUCACUAGAAAUUCAAUACGGUGUCGGACCAUAUGCGCCAACUGUCAGCUCACCAGUGAAAAUCGGCGAUAACAUCAGUUUAGUGGUACGGUCGAAAAGUCACAUGAAAGGUGAAAACGACUACGACAUAUUUGUGCACUCGUGUUCCGCAUCAGAUGGAGAAGGAAAGGCGAAAAUUGAACUUGUCGACAAGAAUGGAUGUGCUACCCGUCCGCAAUUCUCGUCACAAAUGAAAAGGACAAGGGACUCCAACGGCCUCAUGUACUACUUCAUUCGCAUAACAGCUUUCAAAUUUCCUGGCCCAGAUGACGUCUAUUUCUCAUGUUCUAUUGAUCUGACACCAUUUCGAAACGCUCCGGAGAUAUGCCCAGCUGUACGCCGAGCUGUUCGACAGACAUCUUCAGAAAGCGAGUUACGACUUUUCGAUAGUGUUAAAGUGGAAUUAGACGCAUUGACGUCGGAUCGACGGUAUCCCAACGAGUCAUAUGACAAUGACGGUGUCUGGGUGCCGAAUUCAGUGCUGGCGUUCGUCGUUCUCCUGUUCAGCACGUUAUUCUUUGCCGUUCUCCUAUCUCUGUUCACGGCCUGUUUCUUCUAUAGGAAGAUUUUACUUAUGAGCUCAAGUGUCGUUGAUCUGAUUACGAUCCUUGGACGAAAGUCGGCGAUGACCGCGUUUCAUGUCGUCAUCGACACUCAACGUCAUUUGAUAGCGAUGCCUUGA